CGGGAAAAAACCUUAAGCCUUUAUCACUGAUUUAGCCUGCCGCCGGGAAGACGAGAUGACGGCGAUCUACUUCUUCCGAUGCAUGUUACUGUUGCUUGUGAUAGCGAUGGUGGGUCGUUCAAGUGCUGAGAAAGCUAACUCCUCCGGGGGAAUGGUUUGGUCCACUGCGAGAGAUGAGGCGGAAUUGGUAGAAGAUUCCGGCGUGGUAAUAGGAGAGCAGGAUCAAAUCGACGGUGGAUUUUCUUCCCUGGACGGGAUGUUACACUGGGCUAUAGGUCACUCGGAUCCUGCGACACUUAAGGAAGCAGCUCAAGAUGCACAGAAGAUGUCUCUGGAUGAGUUACAGAAGCGUCAAUUAGAAUUAAAGGAGCUGGUGGAGAAGCUGAAUAUGCCAUCAGACGCGAAGUUGAUGCAAAUAGCUAUAGAUGACUUGAACAAUUUGUCCUUGUCUCUGGAAGAUCGUCACCGUGCUUUGCAGGAACUUUUGAUUCUCGUUGAACCUAUUGAUAAUGCAAAUGAUUUGAGCAAAUCAGGAGGGCUUAAAGUUGUCGCUGGAGAGCUUAACCAUUCGGACCCAGAGGUAAGGAAACUAGCUGCGUGGGUGCUCGGGAAGGCCAGCCAAAACAACCCAUUUGUUCAAGAGCAGGUUCUUGAACUUGGGGCUUUAACAACUCUGAUAAAGAUGGUUAACUCCAGCUCUGCUGAAGAGGCUGUGAAAGCACUCUUUGCUGUUUCUGCGUUGAUACGGAACAACAUAGCUGCUCAGGACAUGUUUUAUGCAGAACGUGGAUACAUUAUGCUUCAGGAUGUAAUGAGCAAUGGGAGCUUGGAUAUUAAACUGAGACGAAAAGCUGUAUUCUUAGUGGGUGAUUUGGCUGAGUUUCAACUACAAUACACAGAGAAAGCUGAACUUCCUGUAUACAGUGAUCGUUUGUUCCUCAAGUCCGUGGUCGAUUUGAUCGUUGUGCUUGAUCUUGAUCUUCAGGAGAAGGCUCUCACAGCAAUCCAGAAUCUUCUUCAGUUUAAAUCCAUAGAGCCUCGGAUUCUCAGAGACUUUUGCGGGUUGGAAGGAGCUUUAAAGACAAUGAAGCUGCAGCUGGAGGAAUCAAUGGCGGAUGAAAACAAGAGGGACUAUGCUGCAGAUGUGGAAAGCCUACGUGGUGAAGUGGAAAUGAUCUUCCGCGGAAAGCUUGGACUUUUAUGAACCCAUGAUUAGUAAGAAAGCAAACUCCCUGUGCGUUAAUUUGUUAGUGGGAAAAGCUUUAGCUGUAGGAGUUGUCGACAAAUUUAGUUAACUGCCUUAGAUAGAUUUAAGAUGUGUAACUUAGGAGGAUCCUGCUGAUCCAUUUUGCAUGCUAUCGUCUCUACUUGAGAGGUUUUCUUCCACACUUCUUAACUUCCAUAUCCUGUUUGCAAGGUUUUAUGUAUAGUAUUAUAAACU